ACAUAGAAGUACCAUUAUGGACACGCAUUUGAGAUCUAUUGUAUAAUAUAUUCUAGAAAGAUCCAAAUAGUUCUGAAGGGAGAUUAGAAACAAAAAAAAAAGAAGCAAGAACGAAACAGAUAAGGGAGACUAAUACCAAGAAAAUGUCGCCUUCAGAUCAAUGUACUCCUGUAUUUGAACUAGGCCAGAUAGUCAUAUCAAUGACAAAUGGGUUAAGAGAGGUUCUGGGAGGUAGAACAUCGAAAUUACUUGGCUAUCAAAUAACGCUACUUGAAGUAUUUGACCAUGAGGUCAAAAAGUUAUCGAAAUUGGGAUAUUGUGAUUAUGAAUUAGCAUUUGUUUCAUAUAAUGUAGCCAUUACAUUAUUCAACGAGUCAAAAGAUCUUGGACCAAAAGAAUUCAUUCAAAGUCUUGACGAUUUAUUUCUACAAAAGCGUAAUGAUUUAGUCAAUGUGGAGAAGUAUAUCAAUGAGAAUCUGAAGGAAAAGAAAGCACUGCCAACCGUUACAGAAGAUGUUCUAUUAGCCAGAUUUAAUAAAUUAACCACUAAAACCCUGCCAGAAUCCACCACCAAUGGAGAGGCGAAAAAAGUGUUUAAAUCUCCAUUUGAUAAGUACAAAUACAAAGAAUGUAUAAGUGCUACUGAAUUGCAUCAAAUCCUCUCAGAUAAAGACUUAUCCAAGAGUGUUUUACUUAUAGACUAUAGAACACAAAAGGAAUUUGAUUACAAUCAUAUAAACUUCACGAAUCUUGUGAAUGUUGAUCCUACUUGGCUCAAUGGAUUGGAUCUUCGUACCGGUACGUUAACUGAUCUGGACUUGGACGAACGACUUCAAAUGCUCAUGAAAGACGACCAAUAUGAGAAAUUCCGCAGAAGAUCUUCUUAUGAAUUAAUAGUAAUUUAUAAUUUGAAGUUUGGUGCCACUACAUCAAAAUUUUCUGCUCUUGAAAAUCUGUUAAAGAACUCUGAUAAAAAUGGAAUUGCAAGUUCCUCUCCGUUUACAAAAUUAGUUGAUUUGAUAACUUUUAGACAUAAGUACCUAAGUACUAAACUAAAACGCCACCCAGUAUACUUGGGAGGUGGUGUUUCUCAAUGGUUUGAAAAGUUCGGCGAAGGUUCCAUCUCGAAAACUACGAUUGCUAGACCACUCCCUAGACCAGAAGCCACUCUUUCGAAGGGUUCCACCCCAGGUCUGAUCUCGAGACGUAGUAGUUACAAUGGUACAGGCCAAAGUAAUGGAGACCUGUUGAAUCUUGGCCGCUCAGAUUCUCCAUAUUUACGAAACUUUAGUGAGUAUAUAUCUACAGCGACUUCAGCAGGUACCCCACAAUCUGUGCCCUUUCUGUCAAUUUCAGAGAACAGUCAAUCUAUAUUUGGGCCAAAUUUUAAUGGAAAGUCACAGCACAGUACAAAUAAUGGACUGACUUUAGUUGCAACCAAGUCUAAUAUUAGUCCAGCCACUACAAAUUCCAUUGAAUCCACCCCACAAACUUCCAGUAGAAUAAAAAAGUCUCCAUCGUUUUCAUCCACUUCGUCACCCCCAGUGAAGUCUCAAUCACCAAUACCAACACCAUCACCUUCAACUUCAGCUAGUUCAUUUCUUGAACAAUAUUCCACAGGGCUCACGAAUUUGGGUAAUUCAUGCUACAUGAAUUGUGUACUUCAAUGCUUAGGUGCCACACCACAACUCACUGGAUUCUUCUUCCCUCCACAAGUCAUUCAGAGUGGUCAAUCUUCGUCAGAGGGCUCUGCUCUACAAUCUUACCGUCAACAUAUUAAUGUUAACAACAUUCUUGGUACUAAGGGAAUUCUUACCACAACUUUUGUAACUUUACUUACCAACAUGUUUUCGAACAAUGGGAAGUUCUUUACCCCUCUGCAUUUCAAAAAAGUUAUCGGUUCAUUAUCUCCUGGUGGUCAAUUUGCUCUGUUUGACCAACAAGAUUGUAUCGAAUUUCUUAAUUUUGUUCUCGAUGGUCUUCAUGAAGAUUUAAAUCAAAUGGCAAUCCAUAAUGCAAAGGAAAAACAGUCUAUAAUGGAACUUACUCCGGACCAAGAAAAGACAAGAGAACUUCUUCCUGUAAGAUUAGCUUCGACCAUUGAAUGGGAGAGAUAUUUAAAAUUGAAUUUUUCAAUAGUGGUAGAUUACUUUCAAGGUCAAUAUCUUUCCCAAUUGAAAUGUUUGGAAUGUCAACUCACUUCAACUACAUAUAAUGCAUUUCUGAUUUUAUCAUUACCAGUUCCAGAAAGACUUGGAUCCCUGAGAAAUCUUUCACUUGAUGACUGCUUGAAAGAGUUCACCACUACUGAAUUAUUGGAUAAUAAUAAUAAAUGGCAUUGUCCUCGUUGUAAAAAAUUUACUCGACUGACGAAAAAGAUAAGUAUAACGAGAUUACCCCAAGUGCUUAUUAUACACUUUAAACGGUUUAAGAUUUCCAUGCAGACAGGUAAUUUUGAUAAGUUGAAUACGAUGAUUACAUAUCCUGUGAAUUCUGUGUUGGAUUUGACUUCAUAUUGGCCAGAAGUUGGUACUACAUUAUCAGAAAAUAGUGAAAUGACCAUCGAGAAGGAACUGCAAGUGUUGAGCACAUUACCUAACCGUAACCAACUGCCCCCAUUCAGAUAUAGAUUGUAUGGAGUAGUGAAUCAUUAUGGAACCCUUUCUACUGGUCAUUAUACAUCUUAUGUAUAUAAAAAGAGUGAUGCUAAAAAGAAACGUGAUUGGUGUUAUUUCGAUGAUGCCAAGGUGACUUAUAAUUGCAAAGAAAGUCAAGUUUUAAACGCCAAUGCCUAUUGCUUAUUUUAUCAAAGGAUAUAAAUUAUAUUAAUAAUAGAUAAUUUUAAUUAAAAUGGAAAUGUAUAUAGUGCACCAAUUGGGUCCA